CGUAACCUUAAAUUGGAAAGGAACCAUUUAAUACGUGAACGCGCAAUAUCGCCCUUUUCCAACCAUCUCCCAUUGGCAUUUGCACGUGUUGAUUCCCAUCACUUACCAGAUUCAACAGCACAAUGUCGGGAAGUUUGGACAUACUAGCCCUCAAGGAGGAGGACGUGACGAAAUUCUUGGCUUGUAGCACCCACAUCGGUGCUAACAACUCGGACUUUCAGAUGCUACAAUAUGUGUACAAGGUCAAGUCAGACGGUAGCCACAUCAUCAAUCUGCGCAAGACUUGGGAGAAGUUGAUGCUCGCUGCCCGUUGCAUUGUGGCCAUUGAGCACCCAGCAGAUGUCUGUGUCAUCUCAGCUCGCCCCUAUGGACAGCGUGCCAUCCUGAAGUUUUCCACCCACACCGGUGCCACCCCGAUCGCGGGACGCUUCACCCCCGGUACCUUCACCAAUCAGAUCCAGGCAGCGUUCCGUGAGCCCCGUCUGCUGGUGGUGACCGACCCACGCACUGACCACCAGCCGGUCCUGGAAGCAUCGUACGUGAACAUCCCAGUUAUCGCGCUGUGUAACACCGACUCCCCACUCCGUCAUAUCGACAUUGCUAUCCCAUGCAACAACAAGGGUCCCCAGUCUAUCGGUCUGAUGUGGUACCUGUUGGCUCGUGAGGUACUGCGCCUUAGAGGCACCAUCAGCCGUGACAUCCCUUGGGACAUCAUGGUGGAUCUCUACUUCUACAGGGAUCCAGAAGAGGCUGAGAAGGAGGAGCAAGAGGCUCGCGAGAAGGCCCAGGCUAAGGAGGAACCCCAGGCACCUUACCAGGACCAGUGGGGAGCCCAGGGAGAUGUUCCUGCCCUUCCCGCUGCUCCUCAAGACCAGGCUGGUGGUGUCAAGGUUACCGAUUGGGCUGCAGAGUCCAUGACAGUCCCAGCUGUACCCAUGCAGCAGGGCUUCACCAAGGGUGACGACUGGGCUGCAGCCGACCCCGCUGCCAAGGACUGGUCUGCUACCAACCCCGCCCCUGCUGCACCCAAUACUGGUGACUGGGGUGGUGCCGGAAACAAAGACUGGAACUAGAACCAAAGCAUAAAACCCUCCAUCUCUGAACCAUAAAACAAAUCUCUGGAACUUAAAAACCUUGGAGACGCAGGAUUUCUCUCUUGGAAAUGAAACUUGAAAGUCGUCUUAAAACUUAAUUUCAAAAUCUGUUACAGUUGGAAGAUGUUGCAUAAAAUAAAUGCCAAGAUGAAGUGGAUUUCAAACCCUAGCUAAAAACACUUCUCUAAACAGUGCUUUGACUAAGUUUCAGGCCUGAUACUUCAUGGAGGCAAGGGAGGUAAUUGUCUCUGUUGCCCCUGGUCAUUUUGCCUUGGUGCCCCUUAAGGCUCCAACAGAAAUUAAAAUUCCCUCAUAGAGGUGCCAUGGCUUAGUGACAUUGCCCUUUUAAAAAACCGAAGCAUCAGGCUUGAAGAUUAAUAAGAAAUAUCUCUUGAGUUAAGUCAUUUCUCCUGUUAGUUCUUAAGAGGAGGUUUAGAUUAGGAGGAGGGUUAAAGAAGUUGGUCACGUCCUCCUGAAUUUUAGAGGAAGAAUUCCUGAGGUUACUGCUUCGAUGAGGCAAAUAAAAUGAAACCAAACAUUUCA